GUACAGUUGUCUUCUUGUCCAGUCUGGCUGCCGUCUGUUUGUGUGAGUAAAAACUUUCCGAGUGUGUGCUCCCGGGAUGUGUCUCUAGUUUGCAGCACGUGAUGUAGCCUACUAUACAGCGCUGCCUCAUAAAUAUGCAGAAACAAGACAUCAGACAUUGACUGCAGUAGCAACGCUGCCCGUUUCAGCGAGGCGCACAUGCGAGACCAGCUCUGCCACUUUGCAAAACCAAGGCAAAGGCAAAUACUUAUACUAAGAAACAGAUCCACUGCAAUACUACAAUUCAAAAUCGCAGGAAAUUAAAGAACCCGCAUUCUGGACUGUACAUGGUGUCUGGAUUAAUGCCAGAUUAUCAUCGGUUUGCGAGAAUUCCAUACAACUGGACAAACAAUGUGAAGGUGUCCUAGACAGUAUCUCGGGUUCUCGGCGUACCUCAGACACAACCAGCUAUGAAGUCUGUUCUGGAUGGCGUAGCGGACACCACCUUCCGGACCAUCACCACCGGGCUGCAGUACCUCGGUUCCAACGACGUCCACUAUGACGACCCCAGCGCCAGCCUCGACCUCGCCAAGAAUGGAUAUGCUUUGCAGAAGCUGCCCUUCUCCGCCUUCAGGACCAACUCCUUCCAGGGCAAGGUGCCGGCCGAUGAAGAGCUCUUUCUGAAGGGCAUCCCGUUCUACCCAACAAACAUCACUGACCUGUACUCCAACAGAAGUACCCCCACCUACAUGGACGAAGAAGGCAACAUCCAGUGUGGGGAGAACUUCAUGGAUAUGGAGUGCUUUAUGAUCUUGACGCCCAGUCAGCAGCUGGCCGUGGCGGUGAUGGCGCUCACCUUGGGCACGUUCACCGUCCUGGAGAACCUGGUCGUGCUCUGCGUGAUCUUGCACUCGCGCACGCUCCGCAACCGCCCCUCCUAUCACUUCAUUGGCAGCCUGGCCGUGGCGGACUUGCUCGGCAGCGUGAUCUUCGUGUACAGCUUCGUCGACUUCCACGUGUUCCACCGCAAGGACGGCCCCAACGUGUUCCUGUUCAAGCUGGGAGGCGUCACCGCCUCGUUCACGGCGUCCGUCGGGAGCCUCUUCCUCACCGCCAUCGACAGGUACAUCUCCAUUCACAGGCCACUGGCCUACAAGCGGAUUGUCACCAAGACCAAGGCUGUCAUCGCCUUCUGCAUGAUGUGGGCAAUUUCGAUCAUCAUUGCUGUCCUCCCUUUGCUGGGUUGGAACUGCAAGAAACUGAAUUCGGUCUGCUCCGACAUUUUCCCCCUGAUUGAUGAAAAUUACUUGAUGUUCUGGAUAGGGGUCACCAGUAUCUUGCUCCUCUUCAUCAUAUAUGCGUAUGUCUACAUCUUGUGGAGGGCGCACCACCACGCUGUGAGGAUGCUCAGCCGCGGGACUCAGAAAAGCAUGAUUGUGUAUUCUUCAGACGGCACCAAAGUGCAGCUCACUCGGCCGGACCAGGCCCGCAUGGACAUACGACUGGCGAAGACCCUGGUCCUUAUCCUAGUGGUCCUCAUUAUCUGCUGGGGCCCCCUGCUGGCCAUCAUGCUGUACGACCUCUUCUGGAAGAUGAAUAACUUCAUCAAGACCAUCUUCGCUUUCUGCAGCAUGCUCUGCCUGCUCAACUCCACGGUGAACCCCAUCAUUUACGCCUUGAGGAGCAAAGAUCUGCGGCACGCCUUCCGUACCACCUUCCAGCUUUGCAAGAGCUCCGCCCAGCCCUUGGACAACAGCGUGGAGUCUGACUGCCAGAACAGGAACGCACACAACGGUGCCAACAAAGUGGCAGAGAGCUGUGUGAAGAGCACUGUGAAAAUUGCCAAAGCGACCAUGUCUGUCUCCACCGAAACCUCUGCCGAAGCAGUCUGAGUUGCCUUCUCAGGACGUCUCUGAAUUCACCUGUGCUAACACCCCUCCGCCCCCCAACAGCUGUUUAAAUGUUGCACGGAAAAAAAUUUGACCUGCAUUAAAUUACGUUUUGCAAAGGGGAUGCAACAUGAACCAGUCUAGUGAAAAGCGUUGUUUUCGUCUGUCAUUUUUGCUUCUAACUUUUCCCAAGUGCCAAAUGGGAAUCAAGAAAGUAUUGUCCAUGAAAUGGGAAUGUGAAAAACAGGCAUGUGGGAUAGGUCCCGGUUUUUGUGUUGGGUGAAAUAGUGCUGAGCAUUUGUUAAAAUGAAUUUGCACCAUUCUUCUCAGAGAGUCUCAAUGUACAGUUGCAGUACCAUACUUUGCUUUGUGGAAGACGACCGUGUUCGCGAAAGGCAAAGUUUAUAUCUUUAAUCAUGGGACAAGGGGCUAUAGAAAUCUUUACUAGGAUUACAGAAACAAAAACAGUGUAGAUAUGUAUCAUUUAAGCAUUUGUAUAUAUUUAGUUGCAGUCACACCACUUAUGUAUAAAACACUUUUGCAUUGUUUUCAACCUGUACAAAAAUUCAGAUAUGGUUUAAAUUUAACUGGGUCUAGGUUUGUAUAUAAAUGUAUCGUCUCAUUAGGGAUUAAAUUAAUGUGAAGGACAUUCACAAAAGUAAGCGAAUGUGUUACAAUGCAGCUUUUACAAUACACCAUAAUUUGUGAUAGAUUUAACGGUGUAUUCUUUGAGGAAAGCACAAUAUUUUGACAACGUUUAAUAGGAACUCCUUAACAAGAAGCCAGAUUAGCAGUUAGGGAAUUUUACUAAAUUAGACUGACUAUGACAUGGUUCAGACGUAGAUUGUUUUUUAUGAGUUUUCUCAGCAAAUAUCAGAACAAGACUAUUUUUUGCCUGCAUGCCUGGUCAUAAAGUCUUCUGAGUCAAACAAGAAAAUUUCUGAGUGGAAUACUUGGUACAGGCUAGCUGAAUUCUCUCUAUGAGGUAUCUUUGAGUUCUACUGAAUGGCUUUUCUAAUUUGGGGUUUUGAGAAGCUAAGUCAAAGCAGGAUUUGUGGUUUCAUUUUUUCUUCAUGGUACACUUGGUCUAAAUUUUAAUUAUCAGCUAGCCACUUACUAAUUAUUUAAUUUUAACAAACAUUCCCGAUUGUAAGAGGCUUUUAACUCUAAGCUACAACAACCUGCAGUAUUAACCAGUCCAGACAUGUUCUUAAAGGACAUGUUUUUGUGAUGUAUGCAACAUAAUAUCUUUAAAGGAACAAGUAAUAGGUUUAUUCCCUGCUGAAAAGAGAAGAA